AUGGACGGAAACUCGGAGGAUGCGAGCCGGCGGAGUUGUGUGGCUGAAUCAUAUAAAGCUUCACAUCAUUUUUUUAUUGGCACUCACGACCGUCCCAUAUUUGUUGGGGAAUCAAAAGAAGAUCAAAUUAUUCCUCCCACAACAUUUAUUUAUAAUGAAACGCCAUCGGAUUCAAGCGGUGGUGGCGGCGCUGUCACACAUACGGAAGUGGAACAAACCACCGACAUUUGUACAUUUCAAUGCAUUUCAAGUGAGCAGCAAAGGCGCACAAAAAUGCUUAAGAAUUAUCAAAGUUUCGUAGGAACAUUGAGAGAUUACUGCAAACCCAUGGGACUUGAAUAUGGAGAUGAUGCAAGUCAAAUCCGUCAAACGAUUAUUGGAGAUUUAUUAUUGGCAAUGGGUGUGAGUGGUGAUGGUAGACAAAAACUGAAUGCCUCCAUACUUUUCCCCGCUGUUAUUUAUUGCUUCGAUGUGUGGCUUACUGAAGUGGGGUUCCACAAUGAUAAUGCAGAAGGUUUCGUUCAUGUUGAUGAUAACAAAUAUCAGAAGGGAGAAGAUAUAUAUGGAUCGCUUUCGCUUUUGUGCAGAGUGUCUAAAGCAUUGAAUGAUACACCUGAGAAUCUUAUUGAUAAUUCAACGCGGAUUUUGAAGCCUGGUGGUAUAAUUCUCGGUUCCACAAAAUCGUGA